GAAUUCAAGGGAAUAACUCAGAAAAUUGAGAAGGCUAGAAUUGAGCUGAGUGACAUCCAAGGGAAAAUUUCAUUGGGUUGCACUGAUAAUUUACUUGAUAUGGAGAAAAAAGUACUACUGAACCUUGAGAAGUGGUCUUUAAUUAAAGAGAGUGUCCUUCAACAGAAAGCUAGAGUAAAAUGGAUACAACUGGGAGAUUCAAACUCUAAGUACUUCACAACAGUGAUGAAAGAUAGAACUCAAAAGAAUCAAAUCAUAGAAAUUACAACUUUGCUAGGAGAUAAGCUGACUGACCCUGAUGCUAUCAAAAGAGAGAUUGUUGAUUUCUAUAAAAAAGUAACCAAUCAAGAGAUUAUUGAGAGCCUCAAAGAAAAUGGUGAUGAUAAAGCUCGAGGUAUUGAUGUCUUUAAUGCAGUUUUCUUUAAGAAAGCCUCGGACAUUAUCAAUAUUCAGAUCAUAGAUGCUGUGAAAGAGUUCUUCUCAACAGGAAAACACUAUAAGGCCAUAAACUGCACUACUGUUACAUUGGUGCCUAAAGUGAACAAACCUACCAAAGUCAAAGAGUUCCCAGAAGUGUUUCCAGAAGAUCUUCCUGGAGUCCCUCCCGAUCGAGAGAUUGACUUUGAAAUUGAUCUACUCCCAGGCACUAAGCCGCGCCUUAUAGAAUGGCUCCAGCACAGUUGA